AUGGCGACCCAGCACAAUACAUCGACCACACAGUCGCUGAGAGACAGUUUCCUUACGAACACCAACGCCUACCACAGCAAACCCAUUCAUCCACCUACAUCACAGGCAUCACGUUCACAAAAGACAACAACAGAGCCCAGAACCUUGACUCCCGAAGCCUUGAGCACCCUCAAACCCAUGGACGAAGACCAAGCCGCCUUAUACACUCACUCUCGCAUCAUCCACUUCCUCCACAACCUCCCGGAUCCACCCACAGACCCAACAGGAGAAAUCCUCCCAACUCCAGACUUCAAGUAUGCAGAGUCAGAACCUCAAGUCCAUUACUACACACCACCAAUUCACCCACAUCACAAACACAUCUGUGACCGUUUUGAAGAGAUGAGACGUACAGAGCCACAUGCAGAGUUUCAUCGCCACAAAGCUUGGUUGACUUUGGAGUAUGGCAAAGAUGGAAAGGUGGGUAUGUAUGUGGGGGUUGAGGAUGAGGCACAUGCGGAUAGGAUUCAUAAACAUAUGCUUUGGUUGAGGGAUAAAUGGUUGGGGUAUGAGGUUGGCUUGUUCUACCAUUACAUCGAGUAUGAAGAUGAUGAUGAUAGAGAAGCCGAUGCGGCCGAGGAUGUCGAGCUCUAA